UUAGUUAACUGAAUUCAGAAAGUGAUUUCACACAAAUCGGAGAAUACCCAAAUGAACAAGGCACAUCUAGCACACCCAACUCCAUUUCAUUGAGGUUUAAGCCAGCAGUUUUCGCUUCAAUUGACAGCAGCGGCAAUUACCUAAGUCUGGGCCAAUUUGGAUGGAGUGCAAACAGGGGGUCGGGCCACAAAAGCGGCGUGUGGAGCGGUGAUGGCGAUGAAAAGCCCAAUGACUUACAUUUGCCCACAGCCAAGCGAAGGAGAAAGUGAAAUUUUGCAUUUCUCGGCGGCCGGCAGCAACAACAAUAAGUCUUCGGACUGGUCUGGGCCAUUGCCAUUGGCAUUGGAGUGGUGCGGAGGGAGGAGCGGACGAACCCAGCAAGCGAAGUGGACCGGGCCCAAAGUCAAGCUCAGAGCUUGGAGCUUCAGUCGUGGUUUACAGCUCGACACAAGCGAACGGACGUCUUUGAGAAGCGGACGCGGCAAAAACCGCACGGAAAACGCAACGAAAUCGAAAGUGUUCACCUACACCACGCGACUUGAAUCGCCAAGUGGUCGGCGAGGCGGGGGCAAUAUACCCAUCCGUAAACAUUACGUGUCACCAUGCCGCCGGCUGGUCAACAACUCCGGCUUACGGCCCUUGUUUAUCUGGCUUUAGGUAUUGCACUCUUAUGCAAUGGCAGCGAUGGAGAAACUAGGCAAAAAUACGCCAAUGAAUCACUCGCCGUCACGGACGUGGACGAUCCGUCUCCAGUUUGGUCGCAGUUUCUCGAAGAUUACGUCUUGAGCCAAGGCAGCAGUAGCAGUAGUAAUAGUAGUGGCAGUGGCAGUGGCAGCCAGCGAAAGUCCAAAGAUCUGCCCUAUAUGGGCGGGGAUAUGGGCGUCAAUGGACCGCUCAGCUAUCACUCAUCCGCCUACAAACGACCCGGCAACAACAUCUACAUCACCAGGAGGAUCGGCGAGGCGGUGGAACUGGAGCCGCAUCUGCGAAAGCCCGUCGAGAGUCAGAGUCCCAUUGUGAAUCCUCAGUUCCGACCCAUGACCAAUCAGAUGUUGCACCAGCAACACCAACAGAUGCAGCAGCAACAGCAGCAGCAGCAGCAGCAGUUGCUGCAGCAACAGCAACAGUUGCAGCAACGCCAGCAACCGGGAUUCCUGCAGCAACUCUUUGGCAUAGGUGGCAGUGGCGGCAGCGGUGAUGGUGGAUUUAAUCCCACCCAGCAGCAUGUGCGCCCGGUGCCGCUGCAGCAGCAGCAGGUGCAACAGAUACCGCAGCAACACCCGCAGCAGCAACAUCUCGUGGGCGGUCAGCCGACAACUUUCCGAGCUGUCUCCGAAAAUGAUCUUUAUCUCUUGGGAGCCAUUGAGAAGUUGGUGUAUCGUGUGGAUUACCUUGAGAGUCGCGUGCGGCGUUCGGAGCAGCUGAUCUACUACCUGAUGGCCGGGAACAAUCAGAAGGAGGUGAAGGAUCCCUGUCCAGCGAACUUCACCCGCAUCAGCGACAACUGCUACUACAUCAACAGCCAGCAGCAGGUGAACUGGAAGACGGCCAACUCCGCCUGCAAGGGUCUAAACUCCCACCUGGCCGAGUUCGAGAGGGUCUCGGAGAACGAGGAGAUCAUGGCCUAUCUGCUGAACCAGCCGGCGCAUCGUGGUCGCGAUUACUGGCUGGGCGGCCUCAACCCCGGCCUCCUCUGGAUCUGGUCCAACUCGGCCAAGCCAGUGAAUCCGAACAUGAAUCUCACAUCCAUUGCGAUGGCCCAGAAGGGGGAGAACUCCACCGCCGCCAAUCUGGUGGACAGUUCGGAGCAGGCGGCAGAGGAGCAGGCGGCCGGCGAGGAUGUGCUGAACAACACGGUCCAAAUAGAGGGCAAGGGUCGCUGCCUACGGCUGAGCUACAAUGCCGGGAAGCACAGCUAUGUGUACUACGGACAGGAGUGCACAUCGCGGCACUACUACAUCUGCGAGCACGAGGACAAGACGCUGGACAACAAGAUCAAGAAGAUCACCCGCGAGCUGAAGCUGUUCGAGUGA